AAUAAAUAUAUCAUCCAACUACAAAAACAUAUAAGCCAAAUUAUGUUUGAUAUCAGCCAACAAAAGGUACAUAUUAGCCAACACAAAAAAUCAUAUCAGACAAUAAAUAAUGAAACAUAUCAGCCAACACAUGAAACAUAUAAGCUAACAAGUAAAAUAUAUUAGCCAAGCCCCCCACACCAAACAAUUUGUGCGUCCAUAUGCACACAAUACCUUCUCUCUCUUUUUUUGUUAUUGUUUCGUUUAACACUAGGUAAAAUUGACUUGCGAUAGAUUCUAGUUUGAUAAAACACUUUUUCCUUAUCUAAAAAAAUAAAAGUAUAUAGGAAAGAAAUCCGGUUAAAUGUAAUUUUUAUAACAUCAGUAUCAAUCUUGACAAUUUCCUUUAAUUGAUCAAAUCAAAUUUUUUUUUUUUUGUUUAUUUUUUUUUAUUGCAAUUAACUUAGUCUAACUAUCUAGCUGUAUUUUUUCAUUACUAAUUAUUUUCAAGAACUUCAUUUGCGUUAUAUAUGGAGGACGGCCUGACCAAUACCAGAUCUUUGUAAAGAUCGUUCAAACUUUGAAUAACUGAAACUUUCAUCCAAUCAUUAAGAAGUUAUAUCUUGUAAAUAAGUUUUUCUCUUUUUUAAAAUUUUAAAUUAAUAUUAAAUAACUUUGUUUAUGCAUGAUCAUUUAGAUGAAUUGUGGUGACUAAUUUCCUAAAAUACAUUCAUUUUUCAUCUCUGUUGAACAUUAAUCCGACGACGGAAAUCCACGUAAGCCGUGACAGUAGCUCAUAUCACAUUGAAUUACCAUAUAAAUAAAAAAAACCCUUCAAUUGAAAAGUUCCACCAAAUUUCACGUACUAGAUCUAUUCAUAGAGCAUUAAUUUUCAUAGUUUAAGGCAACACUACUAAAACCAAGAGAAAAAAAUUCGGAAACAAAACACUAUCCAUCUAUUGUUAAUCCAAUAACCUACCUUUUUACAUACUUCAAACAUGGAGAUUUUCAAAUUUGUCCUAUACAUUUCUCUCUUUGUUUCUCUAUCGUCUGCUACUAGUGUUGUUGAUUUUUGUGUUGCAGACUUUAAUUUUCCAGGUACGCCAGUCGGUUUCCCUUGUAGGAAUCCGAUAAACUUAACAGCAGAUGACUUUGUUUUCUCUGGUUUGGGUGUUGCGGGCAACACAUCAAACAUCUUUGGUGUAGCUGUGACAUUUGCAAUCGAUUUGACUUUUCCCGCUUUAAAUGGGUUAGGCCUUUCCAUGUCGCGGCUAGACAUUGGUGUGGGUGGUGUUGUCCCGAUCCACUCACACAGGGUAUCAGAACUUAUCCUUGUGAUUGAAGGAGAGAUACUUGCGGGUUUUAUAGAUUCAAACGAUCAAGUAUAUUAUAAAACAUUAACCAAGGGAGAUAUUAUGAUCUUCCCUCAAUCAUUACUUCACUUUCAAAUUAAUGUUGGUAAAACUCCCGCUCUUGCCUUUGUUAGCCUGAACAGUGCAAGCCCUAAUUUUCAAACUACUACCACUUCUCUAUUUGCCAAUGACUUACCUACAGACGUGAUUGAGAAGAUUACUUUACUUGAUGCUACACAAGCAAAGAAGUUGAAGAGCAUCUUUGGCGGCACUAAUUGAAUGUUCUCUAUUGAUGUGUUGUGUACAUAAAUAUGUUCCCGUAUAAGUUAUAUAUAUUGUCAAUCAUGUAAAAAUGUACGUGGAAUUAUGUGUAUUCAUUGUUGUAUUAUUGCCUUAUUGGCCAUAUUGGGCGUCGGUUUAAUGAUUCCAUGUUUAGCAUUCAACAAACUAUGAUCUAUAAUACUGUUUUUUCUUUUCCCAUUUUGAUCAACCGACACUUUGGAAUAGGGUGCGCGGUAGUUUUUAUUCCUUGUUUAUUCUACCUUAAUUGGAACAGUACAUUUAUUUGCGUUUACAGGUAAAAGUAUAUAUGUUGUAUACUCCACUAAUUUUUUUCCUUGUUGUAUACUAGCAUUUAUAGAGUAGAUUUGAAAGUGAUAUAUACUAGCAUAUAAAGUUAUGAGUUAAAAGAAUUGGUUUAUACUUUAUAUGUUG